CAAAAUGAGAAUUAAAAACCUAACUUAAAUAAAAUAUUAAUAUAAUUAGGUUGUUUAAGUCAGCAUAUAAUAGUGUGCGCAGCAACAACAAUUCAGGUUUCCUCAUUGUCCUGCCGCGAGUAAGCUAAAAUCGAAGCAAAGUUCGUACUGGAGGCGGUGAAGGUGGAGGUGGCGGUGUUGGUAGAGGUGGCGGUGGAAAAACUUCGCCAACUAUAAGACGGGGUGCUACGGCGCGGAAUCAAUAUCCAUGGUACGCAACAAAAACCAAUCGUCCUCCUCCAGUGGCAGUGGUAGUGUAAGCAACAGUAGCAGCAGCACCACAAAAUCUCCAAUUAAAGCCAGCUCGGCACCCGUCAGUGCGGGGGCAUGUAGCAGCGCCAGCGGUAAUCGUACGCAUCGCAAAACCUCAAGCAGCUGCAGUGUCGCGUUAAUUGACGACCGCGUGAAGUCCUCGUCUAACAACGUGUCGUCCUCCAAUCGACGCACAACUCCUGGCAGCUCGCCAGACGAGGAUACCGAUGCUGAUGAUUUGACGCCAUCGGGCAGUGGUCCCAGACUUGGGUACAGUGGCAGCGGUGCGUCCGUCCACAAGCAAAAUCUCUAUGUUGUUUCAUUUCCCAUUAUAUUUCUGUUCAACGUUUUACGAUCGCUGAUCUAUCAGCUGUUUUGUAUUUUUCGCUACUUGUACGGCGCAAGCACAAAGGUAAUUUAUCGGCCACAUAGGCGCGAAUGCAACAUUGAAAUUGUUGUGCAGAAUUCCAAGGAACAGCAACUUCUGGUGCACAACAACACGCAAAGUAACAGCACGCAAUCAUUAAGCUACCCAUUAGAGGUCACUAGUGGAGGUGAGCAGCUGUCGCAGACGCAAACGCAACGUUAUCGGGCACAACAGCCGCUGGAAAUGGCAUCAAGUCGUGCGGGUGGUGGUGGAGGCAGUGGCGGUGGUAACUACUCACCGGGACCAGGAGAUCCACUGCUGGCCAAGCAAAAGCAUCAUCAUCGACGUGCUUUUGAGUACAUUUCCAAGGCACUCAAGAUUGAUGAGGAGAAUGAAGGCCACAAAGAGCUCGCUAUUGAACUGUAUCGAAAAGGCAUCAAGGAGCUUGAGGAUGGGAUUGCCGUCGACUGCUGGAGCGGCCGCGGAGAUGUUUGGGAUCGUGCCCAGCGACUACACGACAAAAUGCAAACCAAUCUCUCCAUGGCACGUGACCGCCUCCACUUCCUCGCACUACGAGAGGAAGAUUUGCAAAUGCAACGGCUGGCAAUAAAAGAGCAGCACCCGCCAAAGCAUCAUCAGCAGGAUAAGGCCAAGAGUGGGCAACAAAGGCAGCCUAUGCUGACGGGCAUGAACAGCUCCAAUGCUGGUCCAUCAAAAGCCCUCAGGCUCCGUAGCAGCGGCUACGGACCCGUGCCUGCAAGCACCGUCUCUAAACCAACGUCUAAUCCUGUUUCAGCCGCGGCUUCAGGCCGCAAGCUAACUAUUGGCACCAAGCGCCCCGGAAACCUUGCCGUCGUUAACAAGUCACAAACGUUGCCCCGCAAUCUCGGCUCGAAGACCACUGUUGGUGCCGCAGUACAGCGCCAGCCUGGCAAAACAGCGGCCACACCGCCAGCUGUGCGUCGUCAGUUUUCCUCCGGGCGUAAUACACCGCCACAGCGUUCCCGUACUCCCAUAAACAAUAAUGCAUCGAGUAGUGGCGCCAGCACACCAGUGGUCAGUGUCAAGGGUGUGGAACAAAAACUUGUGCAGCUUAUACUUGAUGAAAUCGUUGAGGGUGGCGCCAAGGUCGAGUGGUCCGACAUUGCAGGCCAAGAAGUGGCCAAACAGGCGCUGCAGGAAAUGGUCAUACUGCCGUCUGUGAGGCCCGAAUUGUUCACAGGUCUACGCGCGCCCGCUAAGGGGUUGCUACUCUUUGGUCCGCCCGGCAAUGGCAAAACUUUGUUGGCUCGCGCUGUGGCAACCGAAUGCAGUGCUACAUUCUUGAACAUCUCAGCCGCUUCCCUCACCAGCAAGUAUGUGGGAGAUGGCGAGAAACUGGUGCGCGCCCUUUUUGCUGUGGCCAGGCAUUUGCAGCCCUCGAUAAUAUUUAUAGACGAAGUAGACUCGUUGCUGUCUGAGCGCAGCAGCAAUGAACAUGAGGCAUCGCGUCGCCUGAAAACCGAAUUUCUAGUCGAAUUCGAUGGAUUACCCGGAAAUCCGGAGGGUGAUCGCAUUGUUGUGCUGGCGGCGACAAAUCGACCGCAGGAGCUCGACGAGGCAGCAUUGCGUAGGUUUACCAAGCGAGUCUACGUUUCACUGCCCGAUGCGGAGACACGGGAAUUGCUGCUCAGUCGUCUGCUACAAAAGCAAGGCGGCCCGCUGGAUACGGAAGCAUUGCGACGUCUAGCAAAAGUGACCGAAGGGUACUCCGGCUCAGAUCUGACGGCAUUGGCCAAGGAUGCGGCACUCGAGCCCAUACGGGAACUAAAUGUGGAGCAGGUCAAGUGUUUGGAUAUUAGCGCUAUGCGUGCCAUAACUGAAAACGAUUUCCACAACUCAUUGAAACGCAUUCGCCGAUCAGUGGCACCGCAAAGUCUCAACUCGUACGAGAAAUGGUCUCAAGACUAUGGCGAUAUUACCAUUUAGUCUGGUGGCAUUUUAUUGCUGUUCGAUUCUGGAGGCAAUAUUUAUAAGACCCACCCAAAAUACACAGUACACCCACAUUGCAUAACGCAAUCAAAUAGUCCAACAGACAGCAAACAGUCAAAUAACUACAGUAACUAUAAAAAAGGCUGCACAGCAAUUUUUCGCCUCUACUGUACGAUCGUAUGAUGUGAGUGAGAAUUCAUUUCAUUGCUAUUCUAGCCUUGCACACGGCUUUCCCUUUUAUCCAAUGUCCAGCAUUGUUUUUCCAAUGCCCCCGUUUUACAAAUUGUUUGUUGUUGUCGCCUAAGUUCAUAUUUAAAAUUUGUUAUGUAUGUUCUCUUUUUAUAUUCAAAUGAUAGAGGGAAAAAGCACUUGAGUUUAUAAACGUAUAUUCUUUAAUACGAUCUCGUGCUACUUUUUGGAGUUUGAAUUGAAACUAUUGUUUUUUUCACCACUUUAUGCAAAGUUAUAAACAUUAUCCAUAAGCCAUAUUCUUUAAUGUUUUUUGAAAAGUAUUCCUUAAUUGAGUAUCGUUUGUAAGCAAAUGUUUUCUAAGAAUGUAUGUAAAAAGUGAAGGUACUAUUUAAAUAACUUUAAGUUAAUUAAAGGAUUAUCCAUUUCCAUAUCCCAGCCUAUAUUCCAAGCGUAAGCGAGACAGCUUUAUUUGUUAAUUAAUUUUUACGUAGUUCAGCAGUUAUUAAGUUUUGUAACAUCAAAUCCAAUAAAUGUUCAACACUUUUUAUGUAAAAACAUUCCGAGUUGUUAGACAUUGUAAUAAUUAUACAUUUUUUCUAACUUUAA